GAUUAUGCUUGCAAUGGUCUAGCGGUUAGGCGAUAAUAUACAGCAUUUUCGACACGUUUCUCAUGCGAUACUCUUUGAUUAAUCCUUUGGAUUCGAAUCUCUACGUAGGUAAUGACUUUCUGCCCAAUUUCUAUUCCCUUUCGCUUUUCAGUGCACAGGCCAGACGAGAUAAAAUUCACUCCAAGAAUUGUUCAGAUCGACGUCGGCUAGUGGCGGCAUUAUAAGAGUGGGUAAGUGUGGUAACUAAUCAUGGUUAUUGUAUAUGAAACCUCGAAAGGUUGCAGCAAGCAACUCUUUUUUUGCUUAUCAUCAUAGUGAAAAUGGAUGCUGUCAAUCAUCCUCCAAAGAGGAUAAGGCUGAUAGCAUGGGCUGUGCAGGAAGCAAGUGCCAAAUCAAAUCUACCUAUACUCGAUCCUGAUGGACUGUAUGCACUCUCAAUCUUGCAGGCCAGAAGAGGUGCUAAGGUCGCUCUCGGAGAUGUAGAGGUCGAAGUACAAGCUCCUUCUUCUCUCUUACAUUCCAGUAUACCAUGCUUGGAAGAUGCAUCUACAGGCGUGAUCCUUGCUGAUUCGUUGUCUGCAACAGAAGCCUACUCUUGGAAAUUGGCAGGCAAGAAAGCUGAACGAUCUUUGUUGGCCGACAGACUAUUAGAGGAAGACACCAAGAAAUUAGCAAGAUGUAAAGCGUUAGAGAGGUAUGUUUUAUCGGAACUACACCCAAUCGUUCAUCAAAUACUAUAUGCAAAAGACUUGUACGACAGACAUACGUCUCGUGUGUAUCAAUCUGGAUUAGGACAUCUAUCACGCUAUUCGAUGCCUAAUAGAAUUCGUCGUCAGUUGCAAGUUGCAUUUGCAGAGAAAGGGCGGUACAUAGAUCCUUCAAAUGAGCUGGGUCCAAUUCUACGCCAGUACAAUACGCAAAGGGACCUCGUACUCGAAGAUCGUAGAGAGCGAGAAGAGAUAGCACAGAGAGCAGGAAUUGGAAUGUCAGGUGGAUCAGCUAUAAAGCGAAAGAGUGGCGCUGGCUUACUACGUGAAGAGAAGGAGAAGGCAAGCAUCGCAUUUAAACAAUCUAAAAUGACGACAUUUGCCCAGGAGGUCUUUAAUACUCUGGCCGAGUCUUUGGGAGAGGAAGAGUACUUCUCCAGUCUGGCAAAACCUUCUGUUUUAGAUCUGCGAAUCUUCUCGUUGCUUGCUCCGCUACUCUUGCCUGCUCACGAAUACCCAGCUCUGGCCGAAGCACCAAUCGCUCAAGCUUUACGAAGCUCUUAUCCUACUCUACUUCAGCAUUCCGAAAGAAUUCGUUUAUUAUUGUGGUCUAAGCAGGAAGCAUCGCCGCAAAGCGAGGCGCCCGAUUGGCCGAUUUUACCUGGUCGUCAGCGAAACGCUACAGCUGCUAAUGAUGAACCAUUAUCAAUCCGAAUCGCAACCCAGCUAGGACGAUCAACCAGUCAAGCAUACAUGUUUGCGAGGCGAAUGACUUCCAACCUGAUGCCUUUUUCUCGUUCUCGAGCUGUUGCUUCCAAUCAAAGACCACGAUCUGCUGCUGAGGCAAGGGAAGCUCGGAUAAUGACUAUAGGUCGAUAUGUCUGGAUCGCAUCAGCAAUUGUUGGAGUGAUUGGAACGGCAUUUGCGAGUGGCCUGUUGAGAAUCGAGAUUGUGGACGAGAGCGAAGCAGAACCUGUUGCAGAGAAUGAAGAAGGUUGGCAGACUGUGACUGGUGAAGAGGUGGACGAGGAACUAGAGGAUGGGGAAAUUGAUCUAGAUGAUGAAGAUGAUGAGGAGGAUGACGACGACGACGUUGAAGAUGAAUUGGAAUUAGAUGACGAACUCGAUCUAGACGAAGAAGACUAAUCAAGGCUUUCACUACAAUACAUGUAUUUUAUGCAAUAAUUCACUAUUC